GGGCGGUGCCGCGCCUUCGCCCCGCGGGCGCUCCCGCAGCGGAGCCGCAGGACGGCUCUGAGCGCGGGGCUCGGCGCGGCGGGCGGCCCCGCACCCCGCUCCGCCAUGAGCUGCUCGGCGGACGCCGCGAAGGAGAAGCUGCUACGGAACGUGAAGAAGGAGGUGAAGCAGAUUAUGGAAGAAGCAGUCACCAGGAAAUUUGUACAUGAAGACAGCAGUCAUAUCAUCGCCUUAUGUGGUGUUGUGGAAGCGUGUCUCCUGCACAUGCUGAAACGCAGGGCUGCUGGCUUCCUGCGGACCGACAAGGUAGCUGCGCUGUUCACCAAAGUUGGCAAGACAUAUGCAAUUGCAGGAGACAUAUGCAAGAAAGUGCAGGAGCUGCAGCAGCAGGUGGAGAGCAGGAAAAAUCAGCCAAAUGUGCAGGAACCCCUCAAGAGGCAAGGAUCAACCACAAGCAAAACUCCUGUACUGACUCCUCAGGCCAUCAAACAUAUAUGGGUUCGGACAGCAUUGAUUGAGAAAGUGCUUGACAAGAUUGUGCAGUAUAUUGUUGAUAACUGCAGUAAAUAUUAUGAAAAAGAAGCUUUACUAGCAGAUCCCGUUUGUGGCCCAAUACUUGCUUCCCUUCUAGUUGGACCAUGUGCACUGGAGUACACCAAGCUGAAGACAGCCGACCACUUCUGGACAGACCCUUCAGCAGAUGAGCUUGUUCAGCGACAUCGGAUUCAUGGAGUCCAUGGCCGCCAAGAUUCGCCUUCAAAGCGCCCAGCACUAGGAAUCCGGAAACGACAUUCGAGUGGGAGCACAUCAGAAGAUCGCUUUGCUGCUUCAGCAAGAGAAUAUGUGGAGUCUUUGCACCAGAAUUCCAGAACGCAUCUCCUAUAUGGGAAAAACAAUGUCUUAGUCCAGCCAAAGGAUGAUUUGGAGGCAAUUCCUGGAUAUCUCUCGCUUCACCAGUCAGCAGACAGUUUGACAUUAAAAUGGACUCCAAAUCAGCUAAUGAAUGGAACUCUUGGAGAUUCAGAGCUGGAGAAAAGCAUUUACUGGGACUACGCAUUAAUAGUGCCACUCAGCCAGAUCGUCUGUAUUCACUGCCAUCAACAACGAGAAAGCAGAUGGACAUUAGUCUUGGUGAGUCAGGAUGGAACUCAGAAGCCUCCACUGCACUUUCCCCAGGGAGGUCACCUCCUUGCAUUUCUUUCCUGUCUGGAAAAUGGUCUUCUGCCUCGUGGUCAGCUGGAACCACCACUUUGGUCCCAACAGGGCAAGGGUAAGGUAUUUCCAAAGCUUCGAAAACGGAACAGCAACAAAUCAGUGGACUUAGAGGAAAUGUCAGCUGAAGACACUUCUACAGACUACGUGUUCAGAAUUAUCUAUCCAGGACACAAGCACGAUAACAUAACUAUUAACUACCACCACUUAGCUGCCAGCCGCUCUGCCUCUGUUGACGAUGAUGAGGAGGAGGAAGAUAAGCUACACGCAAUGCUAUCAAUGAUCUGCUCUCGGAACCUCACAGCUCCUAAUAGGAUGAAAGACACCAGUGAAAUGAUAGAAAUGCAAGGCUUUGGGGCAAACUUGCUUUCAUGGCAGCUAGAGCACUGUAGCCAAGGCUCCUCGUGCAUCUCCUGUUCAACAGGCAGCUCUCCCUACGAUAUACCCAGCUGUUGCAGUUGCAUCCAUGACAGGACUCCAUUAAAGAUGCUGUGUGAAAGCAUGAAGAGACAAAUCAUUUCCAGAGCCUUUUAUGGAUGGCUUGCCUACUGCCGUCAUUUAUCAACAGUGCGAACGCAUUUGUCUGCCCUAGUGAACCACACAAUCAUCCCACCCGACAAGCCAUCCAGUGCUGCAGGAGGCCUGACCAAAGAGGUCUGGAGCAAGUACCAGAAGGACAGAAAAAAUUACAAGGAGCUGGAACUGCUAAGAAAAGUUUAUUAUGGUGGAGUACAGCAUGACAUUCGAAAGGAAGUAUGGCCAUUCUUGUUAGGUCACUAUAAAUUUGGCAUGGCCAAAAAAGAAAUGGACCAGGAGGACCAGCAUUUCAGUAUCUAUCAGUCUGUCUGUCCACAGGUGGAUGAAGAGAUUGCUCUCCGAUAUGAGAAGGUUAUGGCUGAGUGGAAGGCUUGUGAGGUCAUUGUAAAGCAGCGAGAGAAGGAAUCACAUUCUGCCACACUGGCCAAGUUUUCUUCAGGCAGCAGCAUUGACAGCCAUGUCCAACGGCUGAUUCACAGGGACUCCACCAUCAGCAAUGAUGUCUUUAUAUCUGUAGAUGAAACAGAUUCAGCAGAACAAGACUCAAAAUGUCAAGAAGACCCUACUUUCACUGUGGUAUCUGCUGACACACCAGCAGCAGUAGCUGCUGUAGAGCAGCAGUCUGUAGAGUUUGACUCCCCUGACUCUGGGUUGCCAUCCUCACGGAACUACUCUGUGGCCUCAGGCAUCUUGUCCAGUAUUGAUGAUGGGCAGAGCGUCUCUUUUGAAGAUGGGGCUGAGGAAGAGGCCAGCAGUGACAUGGAAAAGACUGAUCCAGAAAUAGCACCUAUGCAGAAAGCCAAGUCAGCUGUACUACAGCCUCAGGACUCAGUAGCAGAAGAGCAGCUGUGUUCCCAGGUGGAUUAUUUAAUGGAUGUUGCUUCUGUCUGUGCUGCAUCUUACACAAUAGAAUUACUGGAUGCCGUUGCCUUAAAUUUGCACAGAAUUGAUAAAGAUGUCCAGAGAUGUGACCGGAAUUACUGGUAUUUUACUGCUGAUAAUCUGGAAAAACUCCGCAAUGUUAUGUGCAGUUAUGUUUGGGAGCACCUAGAAGUUGGUUAUGUCCAAGGCAUGUGUGACCUCCUGGCUCCUUUGAUGGUUAUACUUGACAAUGAUCAACUGGCUUACAGCUGCUUCAGCCACCUGAUGAAGAGGAUGAGCCAAAACUUCCCCAAUGGAGGUGCUAUGGACACUCACUUUGCCAACAUGCGGUCUCUAAUCCAAAUUCUAGACUCGGAGCUUUUUGAACUGAUGCAUCAGAACGGGGAUUACACUCACUUUUACUUCUGCUAUCGCUGGUUCCUGCUUGACUUUAAAAGAGAAUUGUUGUACGAGGAUGUAUUUACAGUGUGGGAAGUAAUUUGGGCAGCAAAGCACAUCUCUUCAGAACAUUUUGUCCUUUUCAUUGCCUUAGCACUUGUGGAAGUUUACCGAGAGAUUAUCCGUGAUAACAACAUGGACUUCACUGAUAUCAUCAAGUUUUUUAAUGAAAUGGCAGAACAUCACAAUGCCCAGGAAAUACUGAGGAUAGCAAGAGACCUUGUCUACAAAGUGCAGACAUUGAUUGAAAAUAAGUGAUAACGAGCAGACCGUCAUGGGCUGUGCUGUGAGCUACUGGAUGGAGCAUUUCUUGCACUGUAACUUCAAAAUGGUGUUUUAAUUGCAUCUUCCAUGUAAUGUAAUAAAUAACCAGAUUUGUAAUACUUUUAAAAAUGAACUUUUCCUUCACCAAAUAGGGUUUGUGUUUGAUAGUCCUUGUUACACUCAACUUUGUAUUUCAGAACAGAAACUUUUUGCAUUCUUUUAUUUCCCUCUCUCUCUAGAAGACUGUCUGCUUACAUAACUGAGAUUUAAAAAGGGGGUAUUUGACAUAUUAGAACAUUUAUAUUCUGACUUUACUGGCACAUUUUGUGCUCUGCCAGAAUUUUUCAGGAGGUAAGGCCUGAUCCAAUACUGAAGUGGGGCAAGCAUUGAACUUUUGUGGGCUCAGUUCACAGUCUUGAACAUGGAAGAGAAAUGCACAUGUAGAUGCUGUUGCUAAAACAUUCAUACUUACAUUCAGAAUAUUUAGCAAGUAAAAUAAGAUUAACACCUGGGAGAAUAGCCUUACAGUAAGUAACAUGGUUUAGAUGAGCAGUGAAGAUCUGGCAAUGCUGGCUAGAGUCACUGGUUAGCCGUUGCUGCCUAGCUCAUGCUGUUGAGUGUUCAUGGCCUACAUAUGCCACAAACUUGCCCUUGUUUUACUUUGCAAAUUUACUUGGCAAGUACUCCCAGAUGACAAAUCUGCCUAAGAUAGUUCAGGUUAACACAGUUUAAGCAUAUAGAAACAGUUUCCUUACUCAUGUUUGCAAAUCCCACGCUCUUUGCAUCUGUGCAGAGUCCCAUAAAGUUCAGAUCCUACUUACAGAGCAGACACUGCACAGCCUUCUGGGAGGACUUCCGUCAGGAUCCUGCAAACACAAACCAGGCAUUUAUUAACUCAAGCAAGUCUUGGUACUUGCCCGAUUAAGCAGUUUAAAUUGUUGCACAGGAUCCAUUUUGCUGUCAUGUUGUGCUGGUUUGUAGAGCCGUCCUUGCACACACCAUGACAGUUCUGUGCCUCUUCCUUUUGUGCUUGGCUGCAUGCUUUCAGAAACAUCUAUUUUAACCCAUCUUCUGUAGAGAGCAAAAGUGACUUAUAGUUAGCUGGGGCUCAGCGAUAGAGCUGUCUGUUGCUAUCCCAGCACUUCAUCACACUAUAUAAAAUUUAUCACCUAUAUUCCUACUGCUUUCCCAGCAUGUGUUGUUUUUAAGUGUAUCUUUGUGUCAGCUAGCGAGAGGAAGGGAGCAGCUUUUUACUAAUGGGAUUAACUGUAGAUUUCAGGAUUGGUGUGACCUGCACUCCCAGAAAACUCAGUGACUGGGUGUCUGCAUUUCAAGGACUCCUCCCUUUGCUACUGAACCUCAGCGAUAAAGUUUGAAGUAUUUUUCUUUUCAAAACCAUGCAGAGCAGGCUGGGUUACAAAGCUUUGUUUCCAUUGAGCCUCCCAAAAGCAGCUGUCAACUCAGAUGAGCUUCUAAAAUCAGAUUGUAGCAAAGCAGGCAGAGGGAACCAAAUUACUCUGUCCAAAGCCUUCAGUGCUGGCUGGUAGCUCCCUCCUGGUACCACACAGGUAGUGAGCAGCUUCUCUUGCUUUUGCAAUAGAUGCGUAACGCCUUUGGGUCCUAAUGAGCUGAGCAUGACUUGCACAAGCAAGAGCAAGAUUUGAUUCUACAAGUGUCAUCUGUGCUUAGUUCUCUAUGAUUGAAGUAAAAUAAAAACAACAAGAAGUAUUCCAGAAGGAGGUAUUAAAAAAUAAUAAUAAAAAGCAGCAUGCUUUUUUUAUUCAAUAACUGAGCUGCUAAAGCAGUCUCUGAAUGUUAGAUGGGAGGGUAAAGCAACAACACCAGUUUGUCCCUACCCUCAUUUUCCUGCUCAUGGGUGUCACUCAGGUGCUGAGCCAGACUGUGACACCAGCUGUGCAGGCAGCGCCGUGUGGGUCCCCCCUCACUGCAGCAGAACAAACCUGCAGCUCUGCACGCUCCAUAGUGCCACAGUCACAGUGCAGGAAUGAGAACGGAUGAGCCUACAGAACUCUGAAAAAAGGUGCAGAGGAGGAGGAGGGUUAGAAGGAAACCCCCCUCACUGUGCUAACAGUGCUAAAAUAGUAACAGUGGGAAUGACAGGAGGAGGGAGGCUGUGAUUGAUAUGCUGUACUCCUCACCCACCACACGUCCAAUGGUUAGGAUGUGCUCAGGAUGAGAAGCCAAGAAGUUGUACUGCAGCCUGUGCACACUCUGACCUCACCAUCGCUUACAGCUGCACACCACACUAACCAUAGGGCAGAGCAUGGCUGCUGGAAGGCCUGAAAGCGCUUCAGUUUGUGUCUGCCUGUUGUCUGAAGAGUGAAGUAUUAACAAAAACUAUGAGCAAAACAGCUCUCCAAUAUACAGAGCCUGAGGAGGUGAUGUAAGAAAUAAAACUGCACUAUUUUUCUUUGUCGGGAAUGUACUAUACAAAUCUAUUUAAAAAAAUACUCUGCAAAAUUUGUUGUAUUUGCUAUAAUGUUCCGUCUAAUAGUAUUUUAUGAAUAUUGUGUAUUAACUUAUUUUUGUCAAGAGCAAACUAUUCUCUUUAUUGCUCAGUUCCAUUUCAGUGUAACAUAUAAAUAAAUACUUACUGUGAAGGCAAUC